AUGACACGACCUCAAAUAAUACGAGCUGACACACUUGAUCUGCAAGACCAGCACUCACCCUCUGCGCAAGAUCACAGUCGACAGCCUACCCAACCUGCACCGCUCGGCAUUGGUCCUGCCGCACCACACCAGCAAUCAGCUAUCAGACAAGUCGAGCAAGAGCGUGCGGAUGAAGAGCAUUGGGAUCACAACCGCCAUACACUGCGGGAUGAACCUGGGUCGGACGACGAGAGCACAGUAGUCCAGAAUGGGCAGGACCAACGACAGGACGAGCUUGCUGUGCGACAAAAUGGCGGCAUAUCUGGCUCGCAGGACGAUGCGGACAUGGAUGACGCAGACGUAGACGAUGGUCUUGAUGAUGACAUGAUGGACAAGAUCUCGAGUUCACCUUCAAUCGACGAUGGUGGGUAUAAUUUCUCUUCAGCUUCGCCGAGCCGGAACGCAUAUUCGACCCCUCCACGCCAGACAAGGACCUCUAGCUUGCAAAACAUGUCUUCACCGGGUGAAGGCGAUUCCUCUCCUUUUCUGUCUACUCCGCUCCAUCUUCCUCUAGGCAUCGCCCGACGGUCUAGAAAUUCUUCGUCGGAAGAACUACGUUCUUCUGCUUCUUCUAUGUAUACCUCUUCUCCUAAACAUCUUCCUCUUUCUUUUAAUCGACAGCUGGCGGAGUCCCGUCGCUGUGGUGAGUAUCAUGGGACCCUAUCGUCCAACCUGGAGCUGGAUCCGCAAUUUCAGGCGCUCAGACUAGCCGAGGACGCUGAAUCCGAGGACGAGAGCCGGGACAUACUGACACCACUUGCCGGAGACCGUCUCGUGAGCGCCAUCAACAAGCGUCUAGAGAACAGAGAGCAAGAUUCUGUAUCAGACAUACGUGAAGACGAUUUGCGCGAUCUUCUUCUACCAAUUGACGAUUCUCUGCUAGAUAAUAGUUUCGACGAUGAAGUUCUUCUUAGCCCUCGUCCUUUACCGGAAUUGCCCAAAUCCACCUUGCCCGGCUCAACUGGCACACCUAAUUCACCUACCUCACCCACGGGUAGCUCUGACGGAUGGGACACCGACAGCGAUGACUCUGCCACAUGGACCGACGAUGAGGACGUCAUGAAAGUUUCCUUUUCUACGGAUCCGCGCUUUGUCGAUAGCGGCUGGGGAGGCGAAUGCUUACGAGACUCAGAGGAUAUCGAUUUCGAAUUCGUUUACGCCCUACAUACAUUCGUAGCGACCGUCGAAGGACAAGCGAACGCCACGAAGGGUGAUACCAUGGUAUUACUUGACGACAGUAAUAGCUACUGGUGGCUUGUGCGAAUUGUCAAAGACAGCACGAUAGGCUAUCUACCGGCAGAGCAUAUCGAAACACCUACGGAACGCCUAGCAAGGUUGAAUAAGCACAGAAACAUUGAUCUAUCCGCUACAAUGCUUGGUGACAACGCCGAGAGGUCGAAAAAUCCGCUGAAGAAAGCUAUCCGACGCCGGAAUGCAAAGAACGUUACGUUUGGGGGUCCCACAUACGUCGAAGCUUCCGAUUAUGACUACUCCUCUGACGAAGAAGACGAUGAAGAUGUUGAAAAGGCCUUGAUGGCUGCCGCUGAGCAGCAGCAACAACAAGAGGCUCAGAAGAUGGAGACGGACGAGCGUUCCGGCGACGAUGCAAUACUGGCUGUAGAGCCACUGAAAGUGAAUGGAACAAAGAAAGAUUCCAAGUCUGACGGCCAAGAAAAUAAUGAGACCCAAGACAAGGCAAGAGCAGUCGGUCCAAAGAUCUCGAAAAAUGGUACAAUGCGCAAUACAGAUUCCUUUUUCAAGGACGACAAUACCGAGACCCGCAAGAUCACCAUUACUCCGAACAUACUGAGGGACGAUUCGAGCGGUCGCUCAUCCGAUUCGCAUGAGCGCGGUCCUAGCUUGGAUAGCUUUUUGGAGAAGAGUAGCUCUGCCGAAAAAACCAAAGACGACAAAAAGAAGAAAGAGAAGAAGCCCGGUAUGCUCAGUGGACUGUUCAAGCGCAAAGAUAAAAAGAAGGGAUCGACCGACGACUAUGGGGAAGAGAAGGUAUCAGAGGAGCUUUCGAGAGGUUCCAUGGAGACCAAGGAGAGUAUGGACUCGACCACAGAAAAGUCUGAGAUUGAUUCAAUGGAGAAGCCACAACGUCAAAGCAGCAGAGGCAAAAUCCAGAAGCAAUCUAAGAGUGUGCGCGAGACAUCUCCAAAGAAGGUCAUCAGUUCAAUUCGCACCGACAGUCCUGAAGACGUUCGCCAACGGUCGGACCUAUCUAGCAACCCUAAACCCAUACAAAACGGGACCUCCACAAUGCGCAAGGUCGAUUCAGAAAAUGGCGUUCAGACCAGCAGCAAGAGUUCCCCGACGGAGAGUUCUCUCAAGAAAGAGACCAAAGCAGAAGCUCGAGCCGAAACGACGACAUCUCAGUCUCGUUCAUUGAAAUCAAGGAAUCCAUUCGCGGAUCCAGACAACAGUAGAAUGCAGAUAGACACGAAGACUGUUGUCGACCAUCUACUGGAAUCACCAGUGCAAGUAUCUCCGGUGGAUACCACGGAGCCACCAGCGCUUGUUCUAGACAACUCCAGCCAAGAGGAGCCUGUGUCGCCUUCAUCCAGCCCUUCCAUCAUCGAUAUGCCAAUCGAAGCCCCUCCUGCACCACAAGCUUCAACACAUCAACCCGCAUCCCAACCGCCAUCCCGCCCAGCACCAGCCCCAGCUGCGAAAGAUUCUGCCGCCUCACCGUCGCCUCCGCCCGGGCCGGCCUGGUCCGAUGCCCACCUAAGAACGUACAUGGACGAUUCGACAGACGUCCGAGAUUUGCUUCUGGUCGUCCACGAUAAGAGUGGCGUCGUACCCGUCGGCUCCGACCACCCCAUCAUGGCCGGCCUGUUUGCCAAAGAAACGAAGCGAAUCAAGGAACUUGACUCGUCGCUCGAUACUCUACUCGGAGACUGGCUGAACAAGAAAAGAAGUCGCUCAGUGGCGUCAACUUCUAGCAGAUAA